AUGAUGAAGAUACUCUUUCAAGAAUGUUGGCUCUGUUCUCUAAGCUGGGAUGAACCCUUGACUGAAAACAUUGCCAGGAGAUGGAGCAUAUUAGCAGGCGAGCUGUCAAUGUUGGCACAAUGUCCAAUCCCUCGAUACUUGGCCAGACCCUCGCAAGCUAUCGAGCUGCAUGGAUUUGCGGAUGCCUCUUCACAAGCAGUCGGAGCCGUUGUAUACAGUCGAGUUACAACAGGGAUGGAAACGAUUGUCACGCUAAUCGCAGUCAAGACUCGGGUAGCUCCUAUCAAAGCUAUUUCGAUACCGCGACUGGAACUCACAGCAGCUCACCUACUAGCGAAACUACUAACGCUCGUCAAGUCGUCUUUGUCAAUCCCGAUUACCGGAACCUUUUGUUGGACGGACUCUGAGGUCGUUCUUCACUGGCUGUCAGCCCCACCUCGACGAUGGAACACCUUCGUAUGCAACCGGACGGCUGAAAUAUUGACAGAGUAUCCCAGAAGCUGCUGGAACCAUGUACGUUCGGAGGACAACCCAGCGGAUUGCGCGUCCCGCGGUCUGCUCCCCUCCACAUUGCGGGAUCAUACUCUAUGGUGGACAGGACCUACCUGGUUAGCGGAAUCGCCGUCUUUGUGGCCCACUGGCAAAAAAGGGCAGAAUCGAAAGCUGCCUGUAGAGGCACUUUGUGAAGAAAAACCGGACAAGCAACUCAAUUUCUCACUGGAAGCUACUCAUCAGGAUAUUCUCGAUGGUUUAAGUCACAAACUUUCGAGUUGGAUUCAGCUUUUGCGAGUUGUUAGUUACGUUUUCCGCUUCAUAAGCAAAGUGCGCUCCAAGGUGAAUGCACGUCUUACCAAAAACUCGGAUCUCCAAAGGUCAUCGCAACAAGCUGUUUCACAUAGCGGAUUCUUGACAACUAAGGACUUGCAGUACGCUCGGAAGAAAUUGUUAAAACACAUGCAAAUCACUUCAUUUCCGUUGGACUACGACGCUGUCAAGCAUGGUCAAUGCCUGCCCAGAAAAUCAAAGUUGUUGAGGCUCACACCGUUUUUAGAUGAGUCUGGACUGUUACGCAUCGGUGGACGUAUCGACCGAUCAGUAUUGCCGUUCAACGCAAAACACCCGAUUAUCGUAUCAAAGGAAUCUCCGCUGGCACUACUCAUCAUACGCUAUUUUCACAAGGCUAAUUUACACACGGGAGUAGAUGCCACCUUCCACCACGUUCGUCAGCAAUUCGGGAUUUUGGGAGCCAGAAACCUGACUCGUAAAGUAGUUUUCCGCUGUAAAUCCUGCUUUAUGAACCGACGCCUGACGCAGCACCAGAUCUUGGCCGAUUUACCGAUACCACGAAUCCAACAAAAUCCUUGCUUCAGUCACACUGGCCUUGACUACGCUGGACCCAUCGCUAUUAAGGAAACGAAAGGUCGCUCUCCUCGCAUCGGCAAAGCUUGGUUCGCCAUAUUUGUUUGCCUGGCCACAAAGGCGAUGUACCUAGAAGUCGUCAGCGAUCUCACCACAAAAGCGUUCAUUGCUGCGUUCAAACGGUUUUGUGCACGUCGGAAAACCCCCACCGAUUUGUAUUCCGACAAUGGAACUACGUUUCAUGGAGCAAGACGAGAGCUGGAGGAGAUGCGGAAGUUAGUUCAAGAUCAAGCUAAGGACGAGGAGUUGGCUGAUUUUUUCUCGACUGAAGGCUUGAAUUGGCAUUUCAUACCCCCCUCUGCGCCCCACUUUGGCGGAUUGUGGGAAUCGGGAGUGCGGUCGGUAAAGCUGCACCUACGCCGAGUUGUGGGAGCAGCCGCCCUAACCUUUGAAGAAUUGUCAACAGUGCUCGCACAAAUCGAAGCUAUUCUCAACUCGCGACCACUGGCCCAGGUCAGCGAUCACACUGUCGAUCCACUUACGCCAGCUCAUUUUUUGAUUGGCCAGCCAUAUACAGCGGUACCUGAGCCUUCUUUACUGGACACGCAGAUGAAUCGAUUGGAUCGGUGGAAUCAACUUCAAGCCAUGGUACAGGGAUUUUGGAAGCGAUGGCACACCGAAUACUUGACUUCUCUACAGUCACGCGGCAAGUGGCAAGAAGGGACGACUAAUUUAGAAGUAGGCACUCUUGUUGUACUCAAGGAGCCCAACCUACCACCGGCGAAAUGGAUACUUGGUCGCAUCCAGGAAGUACACCCAGGACAGGACUCAAAGGUCAGAGUGGUCACCGUCAAGACAGCACAUACAACCUACAAACGCCCUAUCACCAAGAUCGCAGUACUUCCCCUUACCUGA